AUGGUGACAAGUGAGAAGAUGUUGAAGGAUCCUCAACAACCAGGAACGAAAAGAAUGAAAUUGGCAACCAUUAUCGAUAGCAAUCCGGAUUCUAACGUAUUAAGGACACCACCUCCCUCGGCUGCUAAAAGGAAGAUAAAUGUGGACGACACAAGGAAUUUCCAUGUACCUUCCUCGUCGAGCUCAAGUUCGAACCCCUCCUCAUCAUCGUCCUCGCCCAAUGAAAGACAGGAUUAUGCUAUGGAUAAUUUGAUUACUACAGUCAAAGAGAUUAGGCAAUUGAGUGCCAAUCUUUGCCAGAAAUUUAACGUGGAUAUGGACAGACCUAACGAUGGUAAUGCUACGGACGACUCAGAAGGGGACAUGAUUACGAUAGAGGAAAUCAGCAGGCUGUUGCCCCUAACGAACAAGAUCAGUCGUGAAGAGAUAUACAGACGCAUUGAUCGACUAGUCGAGAAGAGCGAGGUGCUGCGACAGAGGAGAGAGGCCAAGAGAAGACGUAAAAGGUACAUGGCCUCCAGGACUACCACUACCGACACCACCAGGGACCAAAAGAAGAGCAAAGAUGGCAUCGAACAGUUGAUUUAUUGCUUGCAAGACGAGCAUCACGACAAGUCACGUGAACUUCCCAAAACGGAAACGCGUAAACAGAAAGAAACGGAGGAUUUCCAUAAACCAAUAGAAUAA